GCGGGCAUGGUGCGUGAGGUGGAGUGGUAAGAAGGAAGGAAGAUGGUGGGUGGCAAUGGUGUGAGUGACUGUGUUGAGUGGAGGGCCGGGGGCGCAGGCAAUGACGCCGACGCCGAUCCCUUUUCUCUCCGCGAAGCACGUCGCAACGUUUGACACUCUUGCCUCAACAUCCAACACUUUUAUCUUCGUCAUUGUUCGCUAUGUCCUAUAUCAUCCCGACAUGGAGCUCAAGGUCGUUCUGCUGGCAAUUCACUCCUCGCCCAUCCAGCUUUUCCGAGUCGACACUGCCAACAUGAACCUCAACCCUCCUGACGACGACCACGUCCACCACGACGCCAACUACCAUCACCUAGCCGAGUUUAGGGCAGGGUGGCUAGCCGAGCUGAGCGGUAAGAUCUCUCAGGUCACCGGCAUGGAGUUCGUUCCCAUCGAGGGCGUGGAGGUCACGCCUGGCAACUCGGCCCGCUCCGAGACCGACACGAAACCCGACCUCAAGCCCGACAUCAAGCCCGACAUCAAGCCCGACAUCAAGCCCGACAUCAAGCCCGACAUCAAGCCAGACAUCAAGCCGACCGAAGGGGUCGACUUCAAGACUGAGCUCGACCAUCCCGACUAUGUGAAUCAGAUAUGGGGACCAGACUUCCUCAGGAUCAAGCUGCAAGGGGUGCAUGAAGGAACAGAACACCAUACCUUUCUCUUCGUCCUUCCUACGGACACUGUUGGUUCCAUUAAGGAUUACCUUCACAAGGACAAAGGGUAUGAGAGGGAGAGGCUUCGCCUGGUUCACGAAGGCAAGCUCCUUCGCGACACCGACACGUUGUCAUUCCUUGGGUACGAGUGGGGAGGGUACGACUACCCAGACCCAGUGGAAGUGUACCUCGACGUCUUCAGCGACCGUGAGUUGAUCGAGUAG